GAUCUUACAAAAGAAGCAAAAAUGGAAUUGAACACAAAUUACUCAUCUUUCAGUUGUGGGGUAUGUAACACUGCAUUUACUACGAAGAGCUACUUAGAAGAUCAUAUGAAAACUCAUGAUGGAGAGAAGCAGUUCAAAUGCGAAAUAUGUGAAGCGACAUUUACGAGGAACUUUAAUUUACAACUUCACAUUCGAACGCACACAGGAGAAAAACCGUUUAAAUGUGAGAUAUGUGAUGCCGCAUUUGCUCGGAACUCUCAUUUACGACUCCACAUGCGAACGCACACAGGAGAAAAGCCAUUCAAAUGUGAGGUAUGUGAUACGGCGUUUGCACUGUCAUUUACGAACACACAUGCGAACGCACACAGGAGAAAAACCGUUCAAAUGUGAGAUAUGUGGUUCCGCAUUUGCUUGGAACUCACAUUUACAACACCACAUAAAAACGCACACAGGAGAAAGACCGUUCAAAUGUGAGAUGUGUGAUGCCGCAUUUAGGCGGAACAAUAAUUUAAAAUAUCACAUGAGAACGCACACGGGAGAAAAGCCUUAUAAAUGUGUGAUAUGUGAUGAGGCAUUUGCAAUGAAAUCUACUUUAUCCGUCCAUAUGCGAUCGCACACAGGAGAAAAGCCGUUCAAGUGUGAAACAUGUGGUGCUGCUUUUUCGCUCAAAUUUCGUUUGCACAGCCACCUGCGAUUGCACACAGGUGAAAAGCCAUACAAGUGUGAGACGUGUGGUAUUGCAUAUUCUUCUACACAAUCAUUGAAGAAUCACAUGGAAACUCACUCAGGAGCACACAAAUGUGAGACAUGUAAUGCUACUUUCACAACAAUGCCUACAUUACUAGGGCAUAUGCGUACUCACACGGGUGAAAAGCCAUAUAUAUGUGAACUAUGCGGCGCUAGCUUUGCACGAAAAUAUAAUUUACGGGGUCACGUUAAAGCAACUCAUUUAGGAGAGAAACCAUUUAGUUGUGACAUAUGUAGUUCAUCCUUUUCAAGGAAAUAUGAUUUGCAAAAACACUCGCGUAUUCACACAAAAGACAAACUAUGAAUGUGUGAGACAUGUGGUGCUGCAAGGAAUUAUGCUGUACAUAAACAUAUGCGAAUUUGAGGUUCAUUUAUGAGGAAUGUGGAGCGGCAUGUUCACGGAAAUAUAUAAAUAUCAACUAAUUGUGAAAUAAGUUCGGGAAAAACUUUUUGUGACCGAGUUGGAAUUUGGCACCGUGCGACUUUCUCUCGCAUAUUAUAUUUCAACUGUUUUUAUAAAUAUUUUUUUUAAUAAUUUAAAGUAUCUGAAUUUCUCCAUUCUUAUUAUUUUUCCCGUAGAAUGCUUGAUUGCAAUCUUGAUCUUUGACAAAACUAACGAAAUAUCAUUCAUUAUUAUUGCAUGGUUUCCUUUACAAAACCUUUUUUGCUUUCUUCAUUUGAUUACUAGUAUCUCUUACUUAUCAUUGGAAAAUGUCACUCUUUUUUGUAAAUGUAGAUGUUCUGUUUAUUUCUACAGAUGUUCACAGAAAUCAGUGAAA